AUGAUUUUUUCUACUAUUGGUGUAAGAACCAGCAUCAUGCCGUUCAUGCAUGGCACAAUGCCGCUUCGGCGGACCUUCUAUUAUCUGUUGCAGGGAAAAAUCAAGUUCAGAGAUGAUGUUCAGGUGUUUGCCGUGGGAUUUCAUCGGCUUCCGAACGAACAGCAACAGGGAGUACGAGAUUUUGUAUUCUGGCACUGGGCUCAACUGCAAUAUAAAAACCCUCGAGUGCAGCUUGUGAAACACAUUGAUGCCGUCAUCACGCCAUUUGCUCGAGCAUACUUGAAAGACGGUAGAGAAGUCCUCUUCGAUUUGGAGGGCAUGACUCGUGAAGAGAUCGAGACACGAAUUGCAACAACGCUGGGAAAAACUGAACUUGUCAAGAAAAGAGAAGAGUUGAUGGAAAUCGCUAAAAUGAAUCCUGCCGAUUUUGGCUCCAAAUGCAAACGACAGUGCAUAUGUGAAGUACAAGGGCAACACCCAUGUACUGCAUUGUUGCGAGCGCCGAAAUACAUGACGGGACAGGUUGGUCGAAGGAGUGUCUUUGUGGAGAUGAAUCCUAUGUACAGGAAAACCUCUAGCAACUCCAGUGAAUCCAAACAUGCUAGACGGUUACGUGAGAUGUUCAGAAUUUUCCAACAUUCAAAGGAAAGGCACCGAGAAGAAGGAGAUCCUCUUGAAGGAAAACACGAUUCGCCAUCAUCAUCUUCACAUUCAUUUACGAAACAUCGAAAAAAACCUCAACAUGCGGUGCGUUCACCUUCUGCGUCAGAACAAACACGUCACAGAAGAAAAGCGGAUACACGCAGUGCGGGAGGUGUACUAGCGACACGUUCGACGGAAGACCAGGAUGGAUCAACAGCUGAGAAAUCACCAGCCGAGAAACGAAGAGAUAUCCGACUAAAAUAUGACGCUUGCCACUGGUUUGGCAUGGAGAUCAUUCGAGAUUGGAUCCGACAGGCAACAGGAUUGAACGAAAAGGAUGAAGAGUGCUAUAGAAAAAUAGGUGAAGAAAAAGAAGAAUUUGAGAGCGUGAGCGCAGUUGUUCGACCGGCGGCAACAAAAAUGAGGAAGGCUAAACUGAAAUGGAAGAAAUCAACGGAUGAAUCGGAAGCUUCAAACCGCGACGCUGACAAAAGAGAGAAAUUAGUUGAUUUAAGUGGUGAUUUGGCCGAGCCUGGAGUAGUAGAAGGUGGAGCAGCGGAGCAGUCUCGUAUCGCAGAAAUCAGGCGCAGGGCUGGAAUUCCAUCAAAAACCGGGAGCGAUAAGGGAGUCGAUGCUACGAUGACAGAGGUACAGAUACUUAUUAUUCGUAUAGAAGAACUGGAACUGGCAAAUCGCAAAGCAACAUUGCAAAUGAAAAAUAUGAGAAAAGAGUUGCGAGAAAAGAAUAAGAAAAUCGAAGAACUUACCUCACUCGUUACAUUUCUUCAAAAAUCGAAGGUUAAUGGAGAGAAUGACGAGAAACCGACUGUCGCUCAAGAAUCCGUCGCUCUUCGCGGUCUAGAUAUCAUCAAACGAAAUCAAUUGCUUGAACAAACAGUACGAACGAAUGCAGAACGUGCCCUGCUGUGCAGUUUUUUCGAGGCCGCAGAGCCAAAACCUACUGAAACUAUCGUGGCAAUAAUCGAUGCGGCGUUCACGAAUGCGAUUGAUGUGUUAUUGAUGCGACCAGAUUUGUUCGACGAUUUUGUGGAUAAUGAGCUGCGCUUGUUUCUCCUUGACAUUAGAAACGCCAAACGCAUCCUCCUAGACGUCAUGCUCUCUCAUCCGGAAUAUGUUCCUAGGGCAUGGGGUGGUGACACACUGGCGAAACGACAAAGAGAAGAAAAAGAAUUACUGGAAAAGUGUCAUACACCAAAGGCGUCUAGCCCCGAAAAAAAGAAAACUGACACUAAAACAAUACCCGAACUGAAAAAAGCCGAGCAGAAGCCUGUCGAGCGAAGGGUUCUAGGUUCAAGUCCAGUUGUUCACAAUGAUCAGCAGAGAUUUGCGCCCAUCGCCCGUAAGCCAAUUAUUACGGCUACAAGAAAAUCGAAAACCCCUUCACCUGGAAUAUGA